CUCGCGGAAGCUUCCAUCCAGCGUGCUCGGUAAUCGCCAGACAUUCGACGAGUAUCAAAAUGCGUCAUCAGCUUGAGUUUGAUAUCAACGGUUCGACUCACCAAGAGCAUACUAGAUUUAUUCUGGCUAGAUUGUACUCGGAACUUGCAUUUCUAAUUUUCAUUUCUAAAUUGUUCGUUGACAUUGGUAUAGCCAUCGUCCAAUCAUGUCUACUCUGGAAAACUCAUUCCCCGGCUCCGCUGCCACCGCGAUCAUCGUGCCUGGCAAACCGGAGCCGUUAACGAUUUCGUAUCAGCGUUUACGUUCUGAUGUGAACUCAUUCCAAACAAAACUGGCCAAACUGGGAAUCUCACCCGGCGCUGCUGUUUCAAUUGCGCUGCCCAAUUCUUACGGAUUCAUCGUUUCUUUUCUGGCUGCGUCAUGGCAGAGAGCAAUUGCGGCUCCGCUGAACCCUGCAUACAAGCAAGAAGAGUUCGAAUUCUAUAUUGAUGACUUGAGUUCGGCAUUGACGCUCGUCCCAAGGGGCUCUUUUGCGAGUGAUGGGCCAGCUGUACGUGCUGCAAGGAAAUAUUCAGCAGCUAUUGCUGAAUGCUACUGGAACGGGAGUGACGUGGUUUUGGACGUCAAAGAGCAUGGAAAAUUGGUAGGGAAGGGUGACUUAAAGAAGGAAGUGGCUCAGCCUGAUGACGUCGCAUUGGUGCUCCAUACCUCAGGAACUACUGGCAGACCGAAAGCUGUACCCCUUACACACCGGAAUCUUACGAGGACCAUGAAAAACAUCCAAGCGACCUACGAGUUGACGGAGAAAGACCGAACGUUGCUUGUGAUGCCUCUUUUCCAUGUUCAUGGCCUGCUUGCGGCGUUCCUCGCGCCUCUUUUGUCUGGAGGCUCUGUCAUCGUUCCCGAAAAAUUCUCAGCCUCAACAUUUUGGUCUGAAUUCAUUACGUACAACGCAAACUGGUACACUGCAGUUCCUACCAUUCACCAGAUCCUCCUUAAAACGACACUCCCAAAGCCCAUACCGAAAAUUCGAUUCAUUCGCUCCUGCUCCUCCCCAUUGUCCCCAAAGACCUUCCAUGAAUUGGAAAAGGCCUUCCAUGCUCCGGUGUUAGAAGCGUACGCAAUGACAGAAGCCGCUCACCAGAUGACGAGCAAUCCUCUUCCUCCAGGAAAGAGGAUGCCAGGCACCGUUGGUAUUGGCCAAGGAGUGGAAGUUAGAAUUCUUGACCAGGAUGGGAAUGAAGUUCCUCAGGGUUCCGAGGGUGAGAUUUGCAUUCGCGGGGAGAAUGUCACAAAGGGAUACAUCAACAACCCUGCUGCAAAUGAAGCCUCGUUCACAAAGUCUGGAUUUUUCCGCACCGGUGACCAGGGAAAAAUGGACAAGGACGGUUACGUUUUUAUCACAGGGCGUAUCAAGGAGCUUAUCAAUAAGGGAGGCGAGAAAAUCAGCCCUAUCGAGCUCGACAACACGAUUGCUCACAACCCUAAUAUUGCGGAGGCAGUGUCCUUUGCUAUUCCGGAUACCCACUAUGGCGAGGACAUUGGGGUGGCAGUUGUCUUGAAGAAAGGUGGAAGUCUUUCAGAAGACACGCUGAAAUCUUGGAUUGCGCCUAAAGUUGCUAAAUUCAAGAUUCCCAAAAAAAUAUGGAUCCUCCCCGAAAUUCCCAAAACCGCAACAGGCAAAAUACAGCGCCGUAAAGUCGCGGAAGCAAUGUUGAAGAAAGAAACGCCAAGCCCGAAGCUGUAGAGUCAGAAUUUUUUUCCGAAUUACUACGAUAGAGACAGAAAUAUGUAUCUAAUUUAGCCAAUACCAUUACCAUGCGCCAUAGCCAUACAUGAAAAGCGUCCCUUCAAAUCUUGCUUAUAGGGAUGGGUGAAUCCUACUAAAGCCCUUGAAUAUAUAUAGACUGGAAUCUUCAUGUCUGUCUCAAUACACUUUCUACGUUCUUGCUUACUGUUCCUCUCUUCCCUAGUGAGCUCUGUUCUAUGAUUAACUGUGAUGGCUUGGUUUGGCAUGUCUCUUCUUACAUAUCUGGCUGGCGCUGGCGACAAAGAUUAAAUAGCCAUUCAGAAGCCAACAAGAGUUUGAGACACAAUGGUAUCUCAUUAAGUCAUGAAACGCCCAUUGUGGUUGCACUAACUGUGAUUGGGUGAUUUUUCUCUGAAUGUAUUGAUUCAAAUGAAGUGCCAAAACAGCGUUUUCGAUAUAUACAGUCUCUCUAACAAUUUCUAACAAUUUCAGUGACAUUUUGACAUUUUUUUCUUUCUUUUCCCUCUCUUAUUGCAACGGAACUGUUGGGCACACAAUGGGUGUUCUCGAGCAAUAAAUAAAACAAACAAGCUUACGACAAAUCAAAUCCUAUGGGAUUGGAAGGCUCAACGGUCGUCAGAUGAGAACAGCCGCCAAUGCGGUACUGCACGCAGAAACCUCAUGAACGGAAAUAGCAUGGAACGCGGAACCUAAGUAUGCUUGGGCACUCCUCAUAUUUUACUACUGUUGUUUCGAUUUUGUCCAAAAAGCUUCUUGUAGCUGCGAUAGCCCGCUUUGAAAGCCGCUAAAAUUACAGCGGAAGUCGAAUAGCAGAUUUGAACUAUUAUGAAUAGAUUAGGACGGGGAUAUCCUCAGGAAAGAUUUAUGUUAUAGAACAUCAACAUACCGGUGUUAUUUGCAUCUAACAUUUUCGAGUUAGUCGUGUGUUGUCGUAGAAUAGAGAGAAGGU